AUGCCGCUGUGCCUGAAGGCUCCGCUCAGCAUGAGGGACUAUUGCCCCUUGGUGCCGCGGUACGGCCGCUACGCGCCGCGCCUCAGGGCCCAGCGCACCGUGCGCUUCCCCAACGACGUGGUCUUUCAGGACCACAUCAAGCAGGGGGACCUGGAGCAGGUGGGCAGGUUCAUACGAGCCAGGAAGGUGACACUGGACACCAUCUACCCUUCUGGCAUGGCAGCCCUCCACGAAGCCGUGCUGACGGGAAACCUGGACUGUGUCAAGCUCCUGGUGAAAUACGGCGCUGACAUCCACCAGAGAGACGAGAACGGAUGGACGCCCCUGCACAUGGCCUGCAGCGACGGCUACGCUGACAUAGCGAGGUACCUCCUGUCCCUUGGGGCCAGCCUGGAGGCCACCACUGAUGACGGCGAGAAGCCCUCGGACCUCAUCGACCCCGAAUACGAGGACCUUGUGCAGCUCUUCGGAGCCGCCGCGCUGCGCUGACCGGGCACGGCGAAAAGCGGCCCCGAGAGCCUCGGGGCCGGGCCGGGGGGCUGUGCC